AUAAUGGCUGCGCCCAUAGAGGAGGCAGAUUCGAACACAGAAAAACGUGAAAGUGAAGUCCUCGAUGUCUUGUCGUCUGCUUUCGAUCCAUUAAGGGCUUUAUACAGUAGAAGGGUGCAAUUACCAUGUCCAGACAUAUUGCCAUUAAAUAAUAUUGCUGAAUAUGAUUCAUACAGCAAAGGUGAAUCUGUUAGGCAAAGAAGAGAACAAGAGAGACAGGUGGAUAGCAAACAGCAGAAAAGCACACAUGAGAAAAACGUUUCUAGAAAUAGUCAGAAGGAAAACCAACCAAAAGAUGGUUCUUUACCCCGUACCAUUGUUAAUGUUGGUGAUGUUUCAGGCAGUGGUGCGGAUUUGGUGACAGACAAAAGUGAUGGAAAAAGAAAACUUCAUAGAAAUAGGAGAACUGUCCUUACUAGAAUGGAAGGUUAUGUAAGGGGACCACUUAGUGUUCUGCAAAGGUGUGUAACAGAGAGGCUGCUAAUACAGGUGUGGAUCCGCAGUGCAGUGGAUUUACGGGGGAUGUGUAAAGGAUACCUCGUAGCAUUUGAUAAACAUUUCAAUUUAGCAAUGAUUGAUGUUGAUGAACUCUACAGAUGCCCCAUAGCAAAAGAAGCUCAGCUGCGCAAAGACAACAAGAGAGAGAAAAGGAGACUGAAACAACUGAGAGAAAAAAUGGCACUGCUGUCUGUGGUUGAGCCUUUGGUUACCCCAUCAGAGGCAAGUUCAGUGACAGAAAGUGAAACCCAGAGUGUAGCUUUUAAAGAUGCAAUCUCCUCAGACACUAGGCGGCAGGGCCCACAAAAAGCAGACUCAGUUGCAUUAGCUCCGGUUAAUACCAAGUCUCUAAAUCAGGCCAUCAAAGACAGAACUUCAAAGAGUCAACUGGAAUUUAAUUCUGGAAGUGAAGGCACUAAACAGGUUUCAUCCAUUGAGGACCCAAGCUCUGGACAAGUAAAUUUAGUUGAACAAAAUCCAGUUGUUGAACAAAUUCCAUCAUGUGAACAAAGCCAUUCUUUGCCAAGUGCAAAGGAUAAAAAUUCAUCAAGUGAUAAAGUACCCAUUUCAUCUAUUGAGGAGCCACCUCCCCCUUCUUUGAAUUCCUCCAAUCCAUUCAUUGAAAGACAUGUCAAUCAGUUAUUCAUCAGGGGAGAUAAUGUUGUUUCUGUUAUGAUACUGGAAUAAACCAGUUGUUUAA